AUGGAGAAAUCACAAUCUCGCAGGCAUCAGCACGCCGCCGGGCUCGACGGCUAUUCCCCCCGCUUGUUCCGGAGCAAGAGCGGAAGUAAGGCGGUGGAGUACUCUUCACCUGCUAAAACGAAUGCUUUGACGUCGACGAGAUACUCCAGAACCUCCAAAAGGGUAGAAAAUUCUCGGACUUCAGCGAAGAAAACACAGUGGAAGCAGGAGGCGGCUGACGCCAUCGAAGACGGAGGUUUAGUUAGGUUUCUGCCGCGUACUAUGAGCAAGAUAGAGGUGCCAAGGAGAACGCGAUCGGCUUCCACUUCUCCAUCUGCAUGGGCGUUGUCCCCCGGUAGGUCCUUGCCUUGUUCUUCUCCGGCGCCGGUGGCGAUGGCUCCGGUGCCGAAGUCUCCGGCGAGCUACGAGAAAUUGAUGAAACAGGAAGUGAAAAGCGGUGGCGGGGGUGUGGGUGGGGUUCUGAAGUACUUCCGGCAGAAGAAAGUUUCGCCUUUAUUGGAAGAAGAGUACCGCCGGUUCCGCGUGGCGUACAAUAGGCUGUUGCAGUGGAGAUUCGCGAAUGCUCGAGCUGAGGCGUCAAUGGCUGCCGUCAAGAGAGUGGCUCAGAAAAAGUUGUUGAAUGUGUGGGCAAGAAUUUCGAUGAUGAGAAACUUAAUGAUGGAGAAGCGAGUACUUAUUCAGAAGCUCAAACGCCAACUCAAACUGUAUCAUGUAAUGAACUCAGAAAUGGGGUUGCUCAAUGAGUGGUCGAGACUUGAGCCCAAGAACGUCGAGGCUGUCGGCAGAGUGGUCAGGAAACUAUCCGCCAUAUCAAUUUGCCUUCCUCUUCUCCAAAAUGCUGAGGGAGAUGUAAUGUCUGUGUAUGAUGCCAUGUCGAUGGCCAUGGGAGUGAUGGAAGGUAUCGAAGCAAUGAUUUUGGACAUGCAUUCACAGCAACAGAAGCAAUUCUUUCAAGAAUUGGAGAAUAGGGUGAGCAUGGUUGCAUCUCUAGAGGUUCAAGAGAAAAGUUUGAGAGUGCAUCACAUUCAACUCGUCCAGGAAGUGAAUGGAUAG